GGCGGUCGGGGCAGCAUGAGCGGGGUGGUGCGCGCGGCCUGGCGGUUGGGCGCCGCCGCGGGGGGCCGGGCCGGGCGGCCGCUGAGCCAGGCGGCCGGCGGGGGCGGCGGGGCCGAGGCCGAGGGCGGCGGCAGCGGCGGCUCGGGGUCGCGGGAGGCGGUGGAGCGGCUGGUGCGGGCGCACCCGGUGGUGGUGUUCAUGAAGGGCAGCCCGGCGCAGCCCCUCUGCGGCUUCAGCAACGCUGUCGUGCAGAUCCUGCGCCUGCACGGCGUGGAGGACUACCGCGCCCACGACGUCCUACAGGACCCCGACCUCCGCCAAGGAAUAAAAAACUACUCUAACUGGCCUACCAUCCCACAAGUAUACCUCAAUGGUGAAUUCGUUGGUGGCUGUGAUAUACUCCUCCAGAUGCAUCAGAAUGGAGAUCUCGUAGAAGAGCUGAAGAAGCUAGGAAUCCGUUCAGCACUUCUGGAUGCAGAAAAAGACCAAGACAAAAAGUAAAAUGAGCAAAAAAAAGAUGCUGUGACGGGAAUAAAGCAAAUCUUCGAUAAGAACUUUUUACCAGUAAAGCCUUACGUACUUUAGCUCAAAGAAGGCAUCUUUUUGAACUGACACUAAGAUUUCUCUGUGAAUGUCUGUUAGCUCAUGGUAAAUGUAGUGAUCUUGGUAUUUUGAUUUAUGGAUAUUGUGAAAAUUUGAGUAUAACCACUGCACUGUAAAGCGUACAUUUGUGGAAUUCUGUGUUUUAAAAAAGUUCGCUUCUAAAAGCAUUCUCUUCUUGAUUGAGGUGGGAGUAAACCAAAAUAACUAAUAAUAUUUUUAUGGAUUUUGAGUAUGUGUUUAUCUGGUCUUUGAUCCAUGACCCUACGCAAACAGCGUUUGCAUUCCCUUGUUCCUCUUGAAAAAGCGUUAAGUAAUUGUGCAUCAGUUUUGCUGUAUAACUCCUGGUGAUAAGACUUCCUGAGAGCCUGUAAAACUUCUGUAAUCACAUAUGAUAUAGGAGAAAAAAAGAUUAUAUGAGAGUGCAUGAAAUAUACUUUUAUUCCAAAGGGUAAAAAUAAACAGACUUGUACAAAUACAUGUAUAAUGGUCAUUAUUACUUUGUAACUUUCUGAUGGCUUUUAAAAGAUUGCUAAGAAUUGUGCCUAAAGAUUUUAUAAAACCUUUUCUACCUCUUGCAAAGCAGCUUUCCCCUCUGCUUAUAUACUUUGUGUAUUGCAGUUCUGUGUCAGUGCUAAAAUGUGGGAAUUGUUUAAGGCUUCAGUAUUCUAGCUUGAAAUAGUACAGGACAAUACUUCAGUUACUACUGUAAUCUUGUAUUAUUUGCUAGUUGCUAAGUUAUCUUUUUAUGUUUGUUGUAUCUCCGAGUAUUUUCUCCUGACUGCUGUGCUGCAAAGAGUAUGGUCUUCAAACGUGGGAUUAACAGAUGAAAUGUUUCACGUAGAUAAGAUGAGUGCAGCAGAGAGGCUACUGAAUAGAUAAAUACUUCUUUGUGGAAAGUCUCUGAAGUCUUCAAUACCUAUCUAACCAUGUUUCCCUAAGUGAAAGCAAAUUAUAUUAACCAGUGUAGCUUCAGCUGUACAACAAUACUGCUAAGGUUAAAAGCUAACCAAGCUGUUUCUAAAUGCAGUUUACUUUUAUAAAUAUAAACCAUUUGCAUGUGAGUUAGGCAAAUGAUUGGAAAUAAACUGUAUUUUAUGUUGAUUUUCUACAGUAGUUCUUCUUUAUUUUAAAUGGCUAAGGAAACUGAUGCUACUUUUGAUGUGAAACCUAAAAUGUUUUCCACUGCAUAGGAUAGAAAAUGUGUUAGAGAAAGGAAAAAUACGAAUGGUCAGUAGAAGAGGAAGUCAGGACUGGAUCUUGCAGACAAGAGAGGUUUGAUGCAAGUUCCAGUUCUAAAUCUCUCCUGUCCACUUGAGCAAGCUGUCCAGUGGAGAAACUAUACUGGUACAUUCUUCACAGAAUUUGCCAAACUUGUUACAGUAAGCUUACUGUAUAGUUUUAAUGUAGUCAGUAUCACCAGGAUUAAAUACAGUGUGUACGUUCUCUAUGUAUUCACUUGUUCAUGACAGCUGCCCAGUGCCAGUAGAGGUGACUGAAUGACCACUGAGUAUGAAUAAGUUACACUCAGAGGCAGUCACUUGUGGCUGUUAGGCAUGGAGAUAUGAGUGCAGGAUUUUUUGCUCAUAUACCACAUCACAUUCAUGGAAUGAAAAGCUUUAGGUAUAGAUGAAGGUUAGUUCUGACCAUUUCAGGGUUACCUCUUUUUGAAUUCAAAUUAAAUAAGCUUUAUUAUAGCUAAUCUUUCGCAAGUAGUUUUUGCCAUUCUGAAUGUAAAAAGACGUUUAGAAAAAUAAGUGAAUUUCAGAAGUCUUUGGUUAUUUGUGUCAAAAGACCUAUUGAAAUGGAGGUACACAGUAAACAAAGAAUAAAGUAACGAAAAUUAAAUUAUUUUCUGCUUCAAUGGUUAACUCUUGGUCUAGCUACUAAAUAAAUCUAUUAAAAAAACCAAAACCCC